UUUGUUUGUUGUGUUUAUUAUGUUUGUGUAAUUGUGUUGUUGCCAUUUCCUCUUCAUACAUACUCCCUUCAGGGCCUUCACUACACUACACAACACAACACAACACAACCAAAUCAAAUCAAGCAACACUACUACUAUUACUAGACUAGACACUCUCUCACACUUUUCUCACAUUACUAAAAACCACAAUGAGGGUUUUGUGUCUCCAACCCUUCUUCUUCCUAACCUAACUCCAAACCUAAAUACAAACAACACAAAAUGGGUGUGAGUAUAGGAAAAGCUUGGAGGUUAGGGAUGUUAUCAACAAAUCUAGCUUUGUUACCAAACAACAAAAGAAAACAUGUUUGUGGUUCUCAACAACAACAGAAGAAGAAUAACAACAACAACAACAACAACAACAACACGAUCUCUUGGUCUCUUGUUUGUGGUUUUAUGCUUUUUGUUUUGGGUUUAAUUUCUCUUCUUACUGGUCACAUGCUUUCUGAUCUUGAAUGGUAUUCACAUCGAUUGGUUCAUCCUAGAUUGGUUGCCAAUUACCGCACACCAAUUGAUAUUUGGAAAUCUAAAUUGUCUAAAUAUUAUUAUGGAUGCAGUGACCCCGGUCGCAAUUAUGCUCCUGCUGUGCGUGAGCAGAUGUCGAAUGGCUACUUGCUUAUUGCGGCUAGUGGAGGAUUAAAUCAACAAAGAACUGGGAUAACAGAUGCUGUAGUUGUUGCUCGAAUUCUUAAUGCUACGCUGGUUGUACCCGAGUUGGAUCAUCAUUCUUAUUGGAAGGAUGACAGUGACUUCGUCGAUAUUUUCGAUGUUGAUUGGUUCAUAUCUUAUCUCGCAAAAGACGUUACUAUUGUCAAAAGAGUUCCUGAUAAGACGAUGAGGUCAAUGGAAAAACCCCCCUAUACAAUGCGUGUCCCAAGGAAAUCAGACCCGGAUUAUUAUCUUGAUCAAGUUUUGCCAAUACUUUUGAGACGACAGGUUGUACAAUUGACAAAGUUUGAUUUUAGACUUGCAAAUAACCUUGAUGACGAGCUUCAAAAACUACGAUGCCGUGUUAAUUAUCAUGCUUUGAGAUUUACAAAACCUAUACAAGAACUUGGCCAAACAAUUGUUACGAGAAUGCAAAAGAUGGCACACCGUUUCAUAGCAGUCCAUUUGAGGUUUGAACCAGAUAUGCUAGCUUUUUCAGGUUGUUAUUUUGGUGGGGGAGAGAAAGAAAGAAACGAGCUUGGUGAAAUCAGAAAAAGGUGGACAACAUUGCCUGAUUUGAGCCCAGAUGGAGAACGGAAGCGAGGUAAAUGUCCUCUUACUCCUCAUGAAGUGGGUUUGAUGUUGCGUGCACUUGGUUUUACAAACGACACGUACCUCUAUGUUGCCUCGGGAGAAAUAUAUGGAGGGGACGAGACUAUGCAGCCUCUCAAAGAUCUUUUCCCUAACAUUUACACAAAGGAGAUGCUUGCCAAUGAAGAGCUGAAACCUUUCCUUCCGUUCUCAUCCCGCCUUGCUGCUGUAGACUAUAUUGUUUGCGAUGAAAGCGAUGUAUUUGUCACUAACAACAAUGGCAACAUGGCCAAGAUUCUAGCUGGGCGAAGGAGAUAUAUGGGCCACAAAAGAACAAUUAGACCAAAUGCAAAGAAGCUUAGCACACUAUUCGCAGGAAGGCAUCAGAUGGAUUGGCAUACCUUCGCCAGAAAGGUUAAGGCAUGCCAAAGAGGAUUCCUGGGAGAACCAGAUGAGAUGCGACCUGGACGAGGUGACUAUCAUGAAUUUCCCAGCUCUUGUGUGUGUGAGAGACAAUAUGUGGAUGAAGAACUCGAUACAAAGAUUGACAACUGACUGCCUGACUGCAAAGAUGAAUCAAUGUUCAAAGGAAGUAGUACGACCGACACAUGAUAAAGUUAGCAAUUUUGGACCAGGGAGGUUAUUGUGUGGGGGAAAAAAUUGUUAAGAAUCCGCACUCGCUUGUUUUCGUCAGGAGAACAUCAGUUGAUAAAUGAAAUGCAACCAUGCCUCCAUUUUCACACUCCAAUUGUAAUUGUAAAUCAUUAGGAGGGUCUAGGAUAAAUGGGUGGCUUAGUUUUAGGUUCUAGAGACAUCAAUGUGUUGCCAAAUGUUAAUAGAUAAAUAUAAUACAUAUGCUUUGUGUACAUUACAUUCAAGUUUAUAGUUGCAGAAUGUGAUAGAGUUUUAGAUCA